UGUAUCCAAUUCAAUUGUGCAACUAAGUGUUUUAUGUUUGAAAUAAACAACGAAUUAAUGGGUCAAUAUAUUUAUAUAUGCGUUAUACUAUUACAGUAUUACCAAUACAAUAUUAGAAAAUUUAUACAUUGAAUAUUUUUUUAACCAUCCACAAGUCACACAAUUCUUGCUUUGCUUUGACAAGCUUUCUUAUCCUCAUUCACAUGCAUUUCCUCCCUUUGUCUCUCUCUCUCUCUUAGCGUUGACUUUUGAUAACCCCAAGAUGCUUCAAUUUACAUUGUCUUAUAUCAAAUCGCUGACCAAAAACCUCUCCAUUAUUUCUCCUCUUCCUCCUCCCAAACCCAUUAAACAAAACCAUCAAACCAAACCCGCCAUGAACAAUUUCCAACCACCGCCACCGUCCGAGAUGCCGGACUACAACGGCCUCCUCGGCACGGACGACAUAGGAGGAUUUCGAUACGGAAUCGGUGUCUCCAUCGGGGUCCUCCUCCUCAUCACCACCAUCACCCUCACCUCAUACUAUUGCACACGUAACCAGCUCUCUUCUUCACCUUCACAAACCAACCAAGAUUCAACACGUAUCCAUCACCAUCACCACCAUGUCAUCAUCGACGUUGUCCCCGGUCUUGACGAGGACACCAUUCAAAGCUAUCCAAAGAUUCUCUACUCGGAAGCAAAGGGACCAACAACGGCGUCGUGUUGUGCCAUUUGUUUAGGAGACUACAAGGGAAAACAUCUGCUGCGGCAGCUACCAGAUUGCAACCAUCUCUUCCACCUUAAAUGUAUCGACACGUGGCUUAGACUCAAUCCUACGUGUCCUGUGUGUCGGACUUCGCCGCUUCCAACUCCUCUGUCUACUCCCCUCGCCGAGGUUGUCCCUUUAGCCUCCUCCGUGGCCGCCACAAGAAUGUCCUAGUGAUUUGUUUAUUUUAUAACCGAAGAAAUCGAAAUCUUGACUAAUCUCCGGCUUAAACUCGUUAUUAAUUCUUCUUUUAAUUCCUUGUAAAUUUGUUAUUUUUGGUCACUAACUGAUCACUGUAUAUACACUCUUCGAAGCCGAAGAUUUGUAAGAGAAAGGAGGUUAAGGAUGAAUUUUUCACAAUUUUGUUGGAUUAGUUUUUCUUUAAGCAAUGUGAACGAGUUUAUCUAUACAUACGUACCAAGAAAGAGUAAUUAAAGUCGUUUUGAAUAUUGGCAAAUAUGUUUCUUGGCUUGUAUUGAACUUUGAGAGAUCAUUUUAAAUAUUGAGACGUC